CGUUCGGCGGCGGCGGCGGGGCAAGGACGGGACGGGCUCGCCGGUGUUGGAUGGAGGCUCCCGUCCGCCUCGCCUGUUCUCUCUGGAAUGUACCGGGGAGCGGCUGCCGAGCGGGAGCCAGGGCUCUAUGGGCGCUGCUGAGAGGCUCCUCAGUGACUCCUAUUAGACUGAAGCUCUUUGCCAUCCAUCUUCCUAACCUGGCACUAUGCAUCCUGACCCUGGGCCUUUACAAGAACUACUUUUCCUUACUGUAAUACUUUUCUUCUCGACCACAGCUUCAGAUCUGAUUCCUCGUUUUGUUUCUGAGCCCCUUUCCACCAUCCAGAAACCUGGCGUGACUGUACAGCUUCACUGCUCUGCUGAGCCCUCUACAGCUCAUAUAUCUUGGCUGUUCAAUGGAGGGAAAUUGCACAAGAAAGUGGACCAAGUAGAUCUACAACCAGGAUCCCUGACAAUCUAUUCUCUUAGCCCUUCAAAUUCUGGUGUUUACCAAUGUGUUGCCAAUAGCAGCAUUGGUGCAGUUAUUAGUAGGCCUGCCACAGUAUCGAUUGCCUAUCUUGAUGACUUUGAGACUUUAGUGAAACAUGUAACUACAGUGGAACAAGAGAAUACAGCUUUCAUUGCUUGCCAACUACCAAAAAGUAAUCCAAAAGCACAGGUUCGCUUCCGUGUGCGGGGAAAAUUGCUAGAACAAUCAACAGAAAACUACCUAAUUCUCCCAUCUGGAAAUCUGCAAAUUUUGAGUGCAUCGUUAGAUGACAGGGGACUUUAUAAGUGUGCAGCAUAUAACCCAGUCACGGAUGAUCUCAAAGUUGAACCUAUGGGGCAUAAACUUAUAGUCAGCGCCUCUUCCUCAGAGGAUUUUCACAUUGUUCAUCCUACCAGUUCUCAGGCUUUGGCAGUACCUCAGCACAGUCCUCUGAUGUUGGAAUGCGUUGUUAGUGGACUGCCCUUAUCUUAUGUCCACUGGUAUAAGGAUGGCCGAGAUGCACUAGCUGGAGGCAGGUGGAGAACGUAUCACUCACAUCUUAAGAUAGAUUCACUUCAUGCAUCAGAUGCUGGAAAUUAUUCCUGCAUAGUGGAUAACAAUUCUGGAGUUGUAAAACAUGUAAACUACAGUCUGAAUGUACUUGAAUCUGCCUCUAUUUCGAAAGGAUUGCAGGAUCAAACUGUGUCUUUGGGGAAAACUGUGCAUUUUUCAUGUGAAAUACAUGGAAACCCUACACCAAACAUCACUUGGUUCCAUAAUGCAGCUCCUGUCCAUCUCUCUCCACGACGCUUACCUUCAGGAAGCAAACUGAGGAUUAGUAGUGUCUCCAGAGAAGAUGCAGGGUUGUACCAGUGUUUAGUCAACAAUGGUAUUGGGUUUGUGCAGUCUACUGGGAGACUUCAUGUCCAAGCAGACAAAGGUUCCAAGCCAGUUAUAACCUCACCGCCAGCAAGCUCCAAAGUGCCAGAUGGGGACACAGUUACGUUGUCCUGCAAUGCAACUGGGCUGCCCAUUCCUGUAAUCCGUUGGUACAACAGCCACGGGCUGAUUACCAGCCACCCUUCACAGGUCCUUUAUUCCAAACCACGGAAGUCAUCCUCACAAGCGAGAACUGGCAAUUCUGUUUCGGACAGAGUCUAUUUCAUCAUGUCUCGGGCUGGAUCAAGCUCCCUAUAUGUCCAGCCUGUCACACCAGAGCAUGCUGGGAAGUAUACCUGCGAAGCAACCAAUGAACAUGGCAUGGCUCUUUCAGAGGCUUUCCUUACAGUUGUUUCUUAUGAAGCUAGUACAAAGCCAGAAGCAGUGUCUCCAGUGGAAGUUACUCAGAGUGAUGAAGGUGAUGGAGAGUAUGAUUCAGAAACAAGUCUCCAAAGGUCAUCUCCCACUGAGAUUAUUGAUGAAUCUGUUACAGAAAAAGCUCUGCAUGGUGUUUCCCUGCCUGAUGCUCCAAUCAUUCUUAGCCCUCCACAGACACUUAAACCAGACCAAUACAACCUUGUAUGGAGGCCUGGGAAGGAUGGUGGCUUGCCAGUUAAUUUCUACUUUGUGAAAUACCGUAAGUUGGAUGAUAAUGUCAAUGUGUCCAGUUGGAAUACAAUUCGUGUUCCUGGAAGUGAAAAUGAACUUCAUCUCUCAGAAUUGGAACCCUCCAGUCUUUAUGAAGUCUUGAUGGUAGCUAGAAGUGCCGCUGGUGAAGGCCAGCCUUCUAUGCUUACUUUUCGUACCAGCAAAGAAAGAUCCUCCUCCUCAAAAAACACACAAACCCCAUCUCAACCAGUUGGCAUUCCUAAGCACCCUGUCAUUCAGGAAGGCUCAACCAACAAUUUUGGUGUGGUCCUUCCAGAUUCAUCUCGACAUAGUGGAGUCCCGGAGGCACCAGAUCGACCUACUAUCUCCACAGCAUCAGAGACGUCUGUGUAUGUCACUUGGAUCCCGCGUGCAAAUGGUGGCUCUCCUAUCACUGCCUUUAAAGUAGAAUAUAAACUCAUUAGCAAGAGCGGUGACUGGAAGGUUGCAGCUGAUAACAUCUCCCCUUCCAAACUUUCGGUUGAAGUCCGCUAUUUGGAGCCAGGAGCCACGUAUAAAUUCCGGGUGAUUGCUAUCAAUAAUUAUGGAGAGAGCCCACGAAGUUCUGCAUCUCGGCCUUAUCAAGUAGCUGGCUUUACCAACCGAUUCUCCAACCGUCCCGUAACAGGGCCUCACAUUGCUUAUACUGAGGCAGUCAGUGAUACUCAGAUCAUGCUAAGAUGGACUUACAUCACUUCAAGUAACAACAAUACACCUAUUCAAGGUUUUUAUAUCUAUUAUCGACCAACGGACAGUGACAACGAUAGUGACUACAAGCGAGAUGUUGUGGAAGGUACAAAGCAGUGGCACUUGAUAAGCCACCUGCAGCCUGAAACAUCGUAUGAUAUUAAAAUGCAGUGUUACAAUGAAGGAGGGGAAAGUGAAUACAGCAAUGUCAUGAUCUGUGAGACCAAAGUGAAACGUACACCUGGAGCAUCGGAAUACCCAGUGAAGGACCUUAGCACACCACCUAAUUCUCUUGACCGUGGAUCUGGGAGUAAUGCUGGUCAACCACAUGGCCCUGUCCGGAGUAGUGAUAUGCUGUACCUAAUUGUGGGCUGUGUCCUUGGAGUAAUGGUCCUUAUACUUAUAGUUUUCAUUGCCAUGUGCCUGUGGAAGAACCGUCAGCAAAAUGCCAUGCAGAAAUAUGACCCUCCUAGUUACCUCUAUGAAGGUGCUGAUAUCAAUGGACAAAUGGUUGAGUACACUACAUUGCCAGGCACAAGUCGUAUCAAUGGCAGUAUCCAUGGAAACUUCAUCAGUAAUGGAAAUGUUGCUAAUGGUUGCCAUCAUCACCACCACAAGAUUCCUAAUGGAAUUAAUGGGAUCAAUGGAAUCAUGAAUGGUGUUGUGAAUGGAGAAAAUGGUGUUUAUCCAGGACACACCAAUUCCCUGUCCAGAGCCCAUGAGGAAUAUGAACAUACCCAUCACCUAGGAAACGGUGGUGGACUGUACACAGCAGUGCCUCAGACAGACCCUUCUGAAUGCGCCAACUGCCGGAACUGUCGGAACAAUAACAGGUGUUUCACUAAAACUGGCACUUUCGGCAGCAGCUCUGUACCCAUGAUGCCCAUCAUAGCACCUUAUCAGCAGGACAGUUUAGAAAUGAAGCCGCUGAAUCACGUGAUGGUUGCUAUGUGCUUAACGCCUCCAGUCCCCGGGUGCAAUGUUGAGACUGAAGCGGAUGGCAAGGAGAACUCGGAGUCCCCUUCUUCUCAGGAUCCUCGCUGCCAAGAAAAUGUGAAUCCGCUCAAUACCGAUUGUACAGAAGAGAACAGUUCUCAUUUGGAAACCAAUCAUAUGCUGAGUUGGAGCCCACUUAUUCUUCAGCCUCUUCCAAAGGACUGUAAUGAAAAAACAGAAGGGAUUUCGAACGGUGUUACCUUGGACAGUUUGGGGGGUCUUCGACAGCUCCACCUACAGGAGACUUGAGGAAGUGACCGUUUCCCCCUCUUAAAGCCAGUAGCUGCACAGCAGAGUCGCUGAAAGGGACUGAUGACAGGAUGUUAAUUAUAAGAGUCACUAUUUAUUAUU